UCAGCCUUCGCCUCAGCCGCCGCCGCCGCCCGCUCCCGCCCGCGCGCGGCGGGAUGGACGAUCAAUCCAGGAUGCUGCAGACUCUGGCCGGGGUGAACCUGCCCGGGCACUCGGUGCAGGGGGGCAUGGCCCUGCCACCUCCCCCGCACGGUCACGAAGGGGCGGACGGCGACGGCAGGAAGCAGGACAUCGGCGACAUCCUUCACCAGAUCAUGACCAUCACCGACCAGAGCCUGGACGAGGCGCAAGCAAAGAAACACGCUCUGAACUGUCACAGAAUGAAACCCGCGCUCUUCAGCGUCCUGUGUGAGAUCAAAGAGAAAACAGGUCUCAGCAUCAGAGGAGCCCAGGAGGAGGACCCUCCCGAUCCCCAGCUAAUGAGACUGGACAAUAUGCUUUUGGCAGAAGGUGUUUCAGGUCCUGAGAAAGGUGGGGGAUCGGCGGCAGCAGCUGCAGCCGCGGCAGCCUCUGGAGGUUCUUCAGAUAACUCUAUUGAACACUCAGAUUACAGAGCCAAAUUGACCCAGAUCAGACAAAUCUAUCAUACAGAACUGGAGAAAUAUGAACAGGCAUGUAAUGAAUUCACUACACAUGUGAUGAACCUUCUCCGAGAGCAGAGUAGAACGCGUCCCAUUUCCCCAAAAGAGAUUGAAAGAAUGGUGGGCAUCAUCCAUCGAAAAUUUAGUUCCAUUCAGAUGCAGCUUAAACAAAGCACUUGUGAAGCAGUUAUGAUUUUAAGAUCAAGGUUCCUUGAUGCCAGACGGAAAAGGCGUAACUUCAGCAAACAGGCCACAGAAAUCUUGAAUGAGUAUUUUUACUCGCACCUCAGCAACCCCUACCCCAGUGAAGAAGCCAAAGAGGAGCUGGCCAAGAAAUGCAGCAUCACAGUGUCACAGGUAUCCAACUGGUUUGGCAACAAACGAAUCAGGUACAAGAAGAAUAUUGGCAAGUUUCAGGAAGAAGCCAACCUCUACGCUGCAAAGACAGCCGUGACAGCCGCACAUGCAGUAGCCGCAGCUGUGCAGAACAACCAGACCAAUUCACCCACCACGCCAAAUUCUGGUUCUUCUGGUUCUUUUAACCUCCCAAAUUCUGGGGACAUGUUCAUGAACAUGCAGAGUCUGAAUGGGGAUUCUUACCAAGGGUCCCAAGUCGGAGCCAAUGUGCAAUCACAGGUGGAUACCCUCCGUCAUGUUAUCAAUCAGACGGGAGGCUACAGUGAUGGCCUUGGAGGAAAUUCACUGUACAGUCCACAUAAUUUAAAUGCUAAUGGAGGCUGGCAGGACGCAACAACUCCAUCUUCUGUGACUUCUCCUACAGAAGGCCCAGGAAGUGUGCACUCUGAUACCUCUAACUAAUCUCUGGCAACACUUUUCCCUGAGCUGACAUGCCUUGAUAAGUGCAUUCAGAGCAAUAGGAGGAAAAGGAAAGCGUUUUUGUAGCCCACCAUCUACAGCUUUACUGUAAAACCUUGUCUUAUUAGAGAACUUGGUAAAUCUGUUUUUUAAGGAAUCAUAAUCAUUUGUAUUUAUACUUAAAAACACACAAUGUUAAAAAAAAAAAAAAAGCACUUUAUCCAAUUAGGCCAAGAUUUAACAU